CGUCGCGUACUUUCGUUUCGUCGUUCGGCUGUUCUCGUAAAAAUUCUCGUAGUGAGCAGAAGCACUUGCUUCAUCGUGUUGUCAGUUUGAGUGUUGAGUUAUGUAGAAAUGUUACUGUGUUACUAUGUUGCGACCCGGUUUGUGUUAACGUUUGUUUUUUAUGCUUGUUAGAUGUGUUGGUUCGCGAUCGCGUUUUGUGGUGCUGUAGGGAAGUGACUUUUCUGCAUGUGCGCGUCGGUGCAGGGUUUGCUUAGAGAAGUGGAAUGUACAAAGAGCGUGGUUGAGUGCAAUGAGCUACGGCUCUCUGCCUCCCGUGCCGGGUCUUAUACCUAUAUCAGCUCUUCGCAAAAGUCCAUCGUGCAACAACGAUCUAAGGGAGUGCACUCCCUGCGCAAUCAAAAAGGAGGUUAUGGGCGAACAGCGCCCGCGACGGACAGGAUCUCAACCUUCCGUCGACCUAAUCGAUAUCGCGAGGCGGUCACGUGGUUACGUUGACACCCCGCAAGCGCCGCCGUCCGGGAAAGCGAGGGCAGCGCGUCAUCGUAAAUCUGAUAGAAGACGCGAACGCAGGGGUGGUCGAAAACGGUCGUCGAGUAAACGUCGCGAAAUUGUCGAGGAAGAAAAGUGCGUUAACCCUCGCGUUAACCCCAUUUUCGUUUGGAUCCGUCAGGAGGAUACGCACAUCGUGGACGUCAAAUGCGAGGAUUACGACAAAAGGAAUCGCAUUGUGUUGACUAAAACGGCGCAAGGAUGGCGCGCGAUUCCGCGGACAGAGACGCUCGUGCCAAAUUUAAAGGCGGCGGCGGCCCCGGCCGCCGUCGAGGAGGAGGAUAGCUUCAAACAGCAAACGCGUAAGGGGCGAAAGAGCAACAGGGUGAAAAGAAAGUCGACAGCCGUACAAGUCGACGACGAUGACGCGAUCGACGAACAGGAGAUGAAUGAAUCGGAAGAGCCCACCUGGAAUGUGCCCGUUAACAUCGAGUCUCACCUACCGUCCCACACAAUUAAGGUGCAGAGGAAGCGCUCGCCGUCCCCGGAACAAAUUACCACGGAGGCGGACGAUUCCAAUGAAAACGUAAACACUUCCGUAGAACACAAUUAUAUCGCGCAGGUCCCGUCCGCGGAGUGCAGUGCGAAAAAGGUUUGUGACGUUACACCUCUGGACAAUUUGUUAGCGGUGGCCGAAUUAGAAUUUAACCAGCAAAUACAGACCGAAGCAUGGCGGGAGUCGGAAGGCAUGCAGCAGGAUUUAGAGCUUCUCAGUAAGGAGGGCAUAAGCGUGCACGGGGACCAAUUCGAGAGCGAGUGCGAAAGGGAGGAAGAAGACUGUGAUUACAAUGAAGAAGACGAAAAUAACUUAGCAAUGGACGAUAUCUUAAACCGACUGGAACAAUCGCUACAAAGUCCGGACACUCUCUGCACAGAUUUGGCCGAAUCGAUAAUGAGAGAAGGUGAAGAAGAAAAAACUCCCCAUACCCAAGUACCUGAAAAUACUUUAGCCGAAACAGUGGAGCAAGUUUGUUCUACGGUCACAGACGAUAGGCCGACUGACUUGAGUACGACGAAAAAGGUCGAGUGUCUUACGAUCCCGUCAUCCGACGAAGACCUGCUACCCACCGAUUUGAGCGUCCCGAAGAAAAAACCGAGAAGCCCAUCGCCGCGUCCGGUCAGUCCGCGCCCAUCGUCCAGAUGCUCGGAAACGAUCCAGUCGCCACAGCCGAGUGGGCUACCCGCCGUUCCGCAUUCGCCCGAUGUCCAAGCUGGUACAAAAACCGCCUACCUGGAAUCGCUUCUCUCUUCCAGUUCGCACAAGGGCCCACUCAACUCCGAUAUGAGGAGGCUCACCGAGCCCUUAGACUUUGGCAAGUGUCGGAAAUCGGCCAGCCCGACGGUCACCUGCUCGGAAGAGAUCAACACGUGCACCAGCAGCACGAGCCGCGACGGCGAGCCUGAACCGAAAAAGGGGCGCCUCGACGACAUCACCUUGCGAACAAUCCUGGACGCGGCCACCUUACAAAAUCGGGACGAUCCCAAGCGUAACUCCAAGAACGAGUCGUCACGGCUGCUCGAGCUGCUCACGACAGAAAUGGAACCGGACGCCCUCACGCAAUUAAAGCAGCUACACGCCGACCCCAACAUUAAUCUCCCCGAUCCGAUGCUGGUACCAAAAGACAGACUGAGCCUUAUCCUAAUGUCACCGGGAAAAGAGAUACCCAAACUGCUCAACCAACGGCCCGAACUCCGACUCCCGGAAGCCUUGGCCUUCCCGCAUCUGCUACAGGACCCCGACAUCCUAGUCAUCACAAUCUCGCAGCUGGAAAUGAUCAUAAAAAAGCAGACCACAAUCAACGCCCCGGAAAAGGCGAAACCUUCGCCGACAGCUCCAUGCAAAAAGCCGCCCGACCUGCCCUUCAAGCCCGCCGAGCGCGAGAAACCCCCCGCCGCGAAACAGCAGCCGAAACCGCCACCUCCGCCUAAGGACGUGCCGCCUCGCGUGCCCGACGUCUGCAACGACCCCAACAUGAUGUGGCUGCCGUACUUGCACCAGCUCGAGGUGGCCGCGAUGGCGUUCGGCAACGGCGACUUCCUCAAAAUGAUAAGCUCAUUUCCGCCCUAUUCAAAUCAAAUGUCCGACGUUUCCCAGAUGUUUCCCCUCAAUCGAUUUCCGCAUCCAACUUUUCCACUACCCCCUCUCCCGAACAACGUCAGCAGCAGUAAUCCCUUUGAAUUUCCCAUAUGGCACGAGAGCGCUAAUUACCAACAGCAGCAGCGGCAGCUCUGCGCUAACGGCAAGCCACCCUAUCGAGAUUACGCCGACAAGACGAAGGGACACAAAUUCCCGGCCGCUAAAAGCCAAUUCGCGCCGGCGGCGACAAUGUAUCAGCACGCCGCUCCUCUGCCUCACCAAUACAUGAACCUGCCGUCGGCCUACCAGCCGCCACCCCCCAGGCCUAACAUCCAAAUACCUCAGUACAACGCGAUCCUAACGCAGAAGAAUCCGCUGUACGCCAAAGACAAGGCGACGCUCUACCCGAAAUCCGCCCCGAAGUACCCCGCUCAAAAGCACCAGGUCGGCGGCAGUCAAAAGUUCAAGACCCCAAACGACGCCGUCAAGAGGGGCGAAUUCGUCACGCAGCAGCCGAUGGACCUCUCCGGAUCGACGGCGAAAGCGAAACCGGUCAGCUUGGGCAAGUCGCUCAAAUUCGACGACGUUCCUGAAGUGGGAAGCACGACGGCGAGCAUCGAGGAUAUGACGUCGCACAUGCAGGAAUCGCAAAAGCACCUGUGGCAUCCCCUGUUCGGAAAUCAAAAAAGUUCUGCGAAUCCUUGGAACUGGACGACUGUGACUGCGACGGGCGAAUAACAGCAACCUCCACCUCCAGAUAGAUGGAGGUCCUUUCCGUACAGGUCCGGCAGCAGCCUAUUCACAGGGUUUCCAGAUUAUCACUUCAAAUGAUAAGACAAAAUUCCGCAGGCUCAACGAGGAUGGGAAAACCCAAGAACGCGAGCGGUCCAACUUCUUGGAUUUUCUUCUGUCUACAGGGUGGAUCGAUUCAUACCGGCUUUCAUUCGACAUGGCAACACUGUAUAAAGCAAGAGAUAUUUUCAUAUAUACCUUAACUCUCUCGUUAUUGCGCUUCUCCUUAGGUGAUAAUUACAGUCCGAAACAUUCCAUGUUAAAGUUUUGCAAAAAAAAAGGUAAUGUUCCUGGAUGUAUUAAAUUAUUAAUGUAUCAUGUAAAUAUCAACUUAAUAUGUAAGUGUACGAUUUAAUGUUAUGUUUGAUGUAAUUUUAUGUAAAAUGGUGUUAAUAUGUUAUUUGUCGUCAUAAAUGUUUCUCUUUAAGUUAUUCGGCACUUUGUUAUACAAUGGAAGAACUAUCACAUAGCGUGCAAUAAACGAUAAUACUUAUUUUGAGCAUUAGAGACCCUUGAUUACGGAUGAUUUACCAAUAGACUGUGACUGUCCAGUAUUAUCACGAUGAUUAAAUGGAGUUAACCGAGCGUGGAAGCACCCCUAUCAAAUUUUAUAAAAAAGUCUCGUGUUGCCACAAUUUUGCGCGCGUCUUUUUAACUCCACGUAAUUUGAUACGGAAGAUUGCACAACUCUAGAACAAUGUGUUACCUCUUAGAUUACCUUUUUGGUGUUUAUUAAGUAGGGUAAGUUGUAAAUAAUGUAUGUACUCGAACUAUGUAGAGCACUAUAAUUACGACGAAUUUGUACUUAGGGGGAGUGUAUUUAGAAAAGAUCUACAAUCUGCCUUAGCCUAGAGAUUUUUUCUAUGUAAGUUUUAUAAAUUUAUCAAAAUUAUAUUUAUGGGAGGUGUUUUCGUUGCAAAGUCCACGAGUUUGACUAACACAGGUGAGGGUGAGCAUAGUUAAAAGAAUAUUCUUGUUAGAUUGGUAGAAAUUAGUCUUGUUCACAUAAUUAGGCGAAUUUUAUUCCGAGUGUUUUCCGUGCCUACAGUCGCUCUAUCAAACAAAAAAAAAAGGCACUAACAUCCCGUUAAUCUGCAGGUGACCAUUUUCUGUGAGUGGUUUUGAUACCACAUAUACCUAUUAUUAUGUAAGUAAUAUAUAUAAUUGAUAGCUCUACAUACAUAUCGCUGUAAAUUACCUAUACUUAUUUUAUACAUUUGUUUAAAAAAUAAUAACUUUUAAAGUGUAGACAAUAAUAUU